CACCGCAUUGGCGCUCAGCUGUUUUUUCUAUUGAUACUCGUGCCGCUGAUGUGCAUUUUAUUUUGAUUAUUAAUUAAAGUAUGGCCUUAUCGCGCGGCAAGCCCGAUCAACUACCAGCCGAUGCAGUUGUCAUAACGGAAGAUCAGGCUCUGCAAUAUCAGUGGAAGAUCAUAACAUCCUGGGACAAGCUUGGAGAUGUCUGGUCAUUGCGGUAUACGCCCGGCAUACUCAGCGCCUUAGCGGCAGCUACGGGCGCCUACGUUAAUAACCAUUACCGCACACGUCUGCGUCUGGGCGCAAAUGGUCGCUUCUCCAGCUACUUGCCCAUUGUGGCUGUGCCUGCGAUAUUCACAAUGUUGAGUCACAAAUUCUUUAUACAGCGCCCAUUACUACUGAAUCCUCUAGCCGAGUGUCCUGUGUGCACGCAAGUGCGCAGUGCCGCCUUCCAAACAGCUUUAGGUGUUGUCUAUCCCACGAUACUGGCACCAUUUGCUGCAUUCAUGUUUGCGACCAGAUGCUAUACCUACCGAUUGCCUUCUAUAACGGAAAGUCCCAGAGAGGUUUUAAUGCUGUAUCAUAAGUUUACGCGUCCAAUUAUACCCGCUCUUAGCACAAUAAUUGUCAUACAGGCAUUUUUGACCAUGUAUCUGACCGGCAAAGAGGAGAAACAAAACUUUAGCUUAUUGUUGCGAAUGAAGGAAAUCGAACACGAGCUGGAGGCAAGGCAUAUGCCACCGCGAUUGGAUUAUUAACAAUAAAUGUACAAAUACGUUAACUGAUUAAAUUGUUAUUU